CACAAAGCACCAGGUGGUCUGGAAUCAACUUGAGAGAGGAGGAGGCCAUUCACUAGCCUGUUUUAGCAACACACACCUAGCUACUGUUAGCUAGCCGGCGGCUAACGAGCAAGCUAAAACAUCAGUGUGUCUUAAUGUCGCCUGUCUUAUCAAGUGAUGGCAAGAGAACAGUGUUCACAGACCGAGGCUGAACUGUACUACCUCAUUGCCAGAUUCCUGCAGUCCGGGCCGUGUAAGAAAGCAGCGCAGAUACUGGUCGAGGAGCUGGAGGAGUAUGAGUUGGUUCCUCAACGAUGGAGCUGGGACGGACUGAAAUACAAGCGGAACUUCCAGGACUGGGUGAGUUUGAACCAGCACAUUCCUGCGGACUAUCUGCUGCGUGUUUGUCAGCGAAUAGGCCCGCUCAUAGAGAAGGAGAUCCCACCUAGUGUUCCUGGAGUCCAAACACUUCUGGGUCUGGGAAGACAGUCAUUACUUCGCACUGUCAAAAGUUGUAGCCACAAAGUAUGCAGUGGCUCAGCUGUUGCUGCACUGCACCGGGGACGUCCACCAGAACCCCCAGUCAGCGAUGGAAACGCUCCCAGUGUUGUGUCCAUCAUGGGUGCUCGCCAGGCCACAGGUACAGCUCGUUUUGGCCAAGCUUUGCCGUCUUCCUCCUACCAACACAUGAAGAUACACAAACGUAUCCUUGGCCACCUAUCCUCGGUCUACUGUGUAGCAUUUGACCGCACUGGUCGUCGGAUAUUUACGGGUUCAGAUGACUGCCUGGUGAAAAUCUGGGCCACAGAUGACGGCCGGCUCCUGGCAACACUUCGUGGCCAUGCAGCAGAGAUCUGUGACAUGGCUGUCAAUCACGAGAAUACGCUCAUCGCCUCAGCCAGCUGUGACAAAACGAUCAGAGUGUGGUGCCUACGUACAUGUGCACCCAUCAUGGUUCUGCAGGCCCAUGCUGCCUCCAUCACAUCCAUUCAGUUUUGUCCUGCUGUCAAAGGGACAACGCGGUACCUCGCCUCCACAGGUGCAGAUGGUAUGGUGUGUUUCUGGAAGUGGCACUCGCUCAGCAUGAAAUUCAAUGAUCAGCCGGUCAAGUUUGUUGAGCGGUCACGUCCAGGAGUACAGGUCUCCACUUCCUCCUUCAGUAGUGGUGGUAUGUUCAUGGCAACUGGUGGCACUGAUCACAUGAUCAGAGUCUAUUACCUUGGUGCUGAAACUCCCAUGAAGGUGUCUGAGAUGGAUGCCCACACGGACAAAGUUGUAGUCGUCCAGUUUAGCAAUAACAGUGACAGCUUAAGGUUUGUAAGCGGCAGUCGUGAUGGCACAGUCAAGAUCUGGCAUUACCAGCAACAAGAGUGGAAGAGCGUCACUUUAGACGUGGCUGCCAGGCUGCCUGGGAGCACUGUCGCCAAUGGGGAUGAUAAAACGAAGCUGGUGGUGACCAUGGUGGCUUGGGACCGUGCAGAUACCACAGUCAUCACAGCAGUUUCAAACUACCUACUCAAAGUGUGGAGCACAACAUCUGGACAGCUGCUGCAUGUUUUAUCUGGUCAUGAUGAUGAGGUGUUUGUGAUGGAGGCUCACCCGUUUGACUCCCGCAUCAUGCUAUCAGCCGGCCACGACGGCAACAUUUACUUGUGGGACCUGACAAAAGGAACCAAGAUCCGCAACUUCUUCAACAUGAUUGAAGGGCAAGGCCACGGUGCUAUUUUUGACUGCAAGUUCUCAGCUGAUGGACAACAUUUUGCCUGCACUGACUCUCACGGCCAUUUGCUCAUCUUUGGCUUCGGCUGCAGCAGAGCAUAUGAAAAGAUUCCUGACCAGAUGUUCUUUCACACGGACUACCGGCCUCUUAUUCGGGACACUAAUAGCUAUGUCCUGGAUGAGCAGACACAACAGGCCCCUCACCUCAUGCCUCCAGCCUUCCUCGUGGACGUUGAUGGGAAUCCUCACCCUCCUCUCUACCAGCGCCUGGUGCCAGGAAGAGAGAACUGCAAGGAGGAUCAGCUCGUACCUCAACUUGGCUACAUGGCUAACAACGAAGGAGAGUUGGUUGAGCAGGUACUUGGUCAGCAAACGGCAGAAAAUGGAGAAAACAUAUUGGACAAUCUCAUCAGACAGUUACAGAACGAGCAGGACGUGCGUCAGAAUCCCGAAGAACCGGCUGAAGAGGCAGAGGCUGAUGAUGCAGCAGUGGAUGUGGACUCCUCUUCAACUGAUGGACAACACAGAAGCACGCAGAUGGACAGUGUUUGGCAGAUGCAGCAUAAUGCCCUGCGUAGUCAAGUUGCUACAGAGAGGGACCUGCUGGCCUGGAGCCGCAGGGUGAUGGUCAAUGAAAUGCCGCAUGGGGUAUUCAGAGUUAUGGAGGAGUGCAGACGAGCCAAAGGUGACAUGGAGUGUUCACUUUACAAUGCAGAGAGGAAGAAGAAACCAGUUACAUGUUCACCCAAGAGCGAUCUACUGGCCUCACGGCUCCGCUCCCGGCGGCCAACUAAGAAAAGGCAGCAGCGCCACGCCUAUCAGACCCGCUCAGCUCAAGUCCGCCGUCCUGGGACCAGGAGUCGAACUUCCAGCAACCGACAUAGCUCUGACAGCCAAAUAGAUUCUGACAGUGACGGAGAAGCAGCAGAACAAGCAGAGCAAAGUGAACCCUCCUCUGAGGCUGAAGCUCAGUGGCAGAGUGAAAGCAGCUCCAGCGACUCCUCGAGUGAGUAUUCUGAUUGGACAGCCGAUGCUGGUAUCAACCUCCAGCCGCCAAAGCGACCAACCAGGAGGUCCGUACAGCCAACAGGUUACAGCAGCUCCGAGGAGGAAGAAGAAGGCGAAGACAAGGAAAAGGAGCCCAGGAGGAAGGAAAAUGAGAAGAAGAAGAAGAAGCCCAAAGAGACCAAACAGAAACCCACGUCCUCUCUGGCCGGACUCAAUGCGGAGGAGUGGCUGCCACCCUCAUGGAUAAUGGAGACCAUUCCACACCGUUCUCCGUUUGUUCCCCAAAUGGGAGAUGAGCUCAUCUACUUCAAACAGGGCCAUCAAGCCUAUGUGCGGGCGGUCCGCAGGGCCAAGGCCUACAGCAUUAACCCUCAGAAACAGCCAUGGAACAGACUCAACCUCAGGGACCAGGAAUCUGUAAAGGUGGUUGGAAUCAAGUAUGAAGUGGGACCUCCCACCCUUUGCUGCCUAAAACUGGCUUUCUUGGAUGCAGUCUCAGGGAAAAUGACCAAUGAGUCUUUCUCUUUAAAGUACCAUGACAUGCCAGAUGUCAUAGAUUUUCUGGUACUGCAGCAGUGUUACAACGAGGCUAAAGAGCACAACUGGCAACCAGGCAUGAGGUUCCGCAGCAUCAUUGAUGACGCCUGGUGGUUUGGUUCUGUCGAGGACCAGGAGCCUCUGCAGCCUGAGUAUCCAGACAGCCUGUUUCAGUGCUAUGCUGUAAAGUGGGAUAAUAGUGAGCGGGAGAAGAUGAGUCCCUGGGACAUGGAGCCUAUUCCUGAGGAAGCUGCAUUACCUGACCAGGUGGGUGAUGGGGUGGAGGUGGCGGAGGAGGAGCUGAAAGCUCUGCUCUACAGACCUCAAGAAGGAGAAUGGGGAGCUCACACACGGGAUGAAGACUGUGAGCGAGUCCUCCAUGGCAUCGAUCAGCUUCUUACUCUAGACGUCGCAAAGGCUUUUGCAUCACCGGUGAAUCUGCGGGACUACUCUCUGUACUGCACUGUGGUGGCUUACCUCACUGACCUCAGCACCGUCCACAAACGACUCGAGAACCGCUUCUACAGGCGGAUCUCUGCAUUAAUGUGGGAGGUGCGCUACAUUGAACACAAUGCCCGCACUUUUAACGAACCCGAGAGCCCCAUUGUAGCAGCCGCAAAGGUGGUGACUGACGUUCUCCUGCACUACAUCAGGGACCAGAGCUGCACAGACAUCUUGGAUCUGUAUCGCAAACUCAAUUGUGAGAUCAGCAGUGGAGGGGAAGCUGAGGAGUUGGACGUCGACUCUGACAAUCCUGGGACAUCUACAGGACAUCGGGGAGCAAACUCGAAUUCUACGACCCGUGGUGUGGCUUUGGAUGUUGAAGUAUGGCACGGUCAAUGUCAAAAGCUGGUGCGUCGCAUGAUCGUCUCCCAAGAUUCAGAACCCUUCAGACAGGCUGUGGAUCUCUUCGAGUAUCCGGACUAUCGGGACAUCAUUGACACUCCCAUGGAUCUGGGAACAGUGUCGGAGACGCUCGCCGCAGCCAAUUAUGAAAACCCGAUGGAGUUUGCCAAAGACGUCCGCCUCAUUUUCAGCAACUCAAAAGCUUACACUCCUAACAAGAAAUCACAGAUCUACACCAUGACCCUCAGCUUGUCAGCCUUCUUUGAGAAACACAUCAUCUCCAUCAUCUCCGACUACAAGUCCGCCCUUCAGCACGAACGGCGGAAUCGUCAGAGACUCAGUUACAGGAGCAGACUUCACAAUGGAGGCAGUUCACCGCCUGUUAGUCCAUCCCCCAGCUCUAAAGGGAAGCACAAGUCAGGGAAGGUGUCCAAACCAAAAAAGUCCCAGACCUCAUCAAGGACUCGUUCACAGAGACCACGUAAGGCUCAACAAAGCAGCAGUGUAGCAAAGGAGGAAGACAGCCAGCCUUCUUCCCCAAGUUCAGGGACGAGCAGCGGGAGCAGGAACCAAGGGCCGCAAUGCUUGACCCGCAGCCAAGCCACUCCAGCGAAGAAGUCAGGGCGGAAGAGUAAUCUGCAUCAGAGCAACGGCUCCAGACAGCGCCCUGGGCAGGAAGUGCUGCAGUCAGACAACGAUGAGGAGGCGUCCGGAUCUAACAGCUCCGCGUCAGACUCGUCGUCAUCCUCCUCGUCGUCAUCUUCCUCCUCAUCAUCGGACAGCGAGAACAGCUCUGAUUCUGAGGAGGAGAAGUACAUGGAGGGGGGAGAUCACGACUACAGCAAAGCCCCCUGUCUAUCUAUACGUCUGCCGGCUGAAGGUAAGGUGGCGGCCUCAGGGAAACGGAGACACAAAGGAGGAGAGGACCUGGCACAGAUGCCUAAAAGAGCACGUGUGCAGAUUCUUGUAGAGGAAGAGGAGGAGGAAGGGGAGGAGGAGGAGGAGGAGGAGGAGAAAGAUGAUGAUGAGGAGGAGGAUGAUGAAGAGGAGGAGGAAGAAGAAGAAGAACAGGAACAGGAGCAGCAACAACAACAACCGGUGGCUGUAAGUCAGGAAGAAGAUGAGGAGGAGGAGGAUGAGGAGGAGCCAGAAGAGGAGGAACCUGAAGAGGAGGAACCUGAAGAGGAGGAACCUGAAGAGGAGGAAGAUGAAGACGAAGACAACUCUGACGAGGCACAGAGUGGGUCCGCAGCAGCAGCGACAACAGUAGCAUUAGCAGCAGGUAGCAGUCCAAGAGGCAACCAGUGCAAGUCUCGACGGGUCAACACGCGCAACCAGGGCCGCAGGACAGUUCUGUACAGGGACGAGUCAGAGGACGAUGGCCAUGGGUCGAAGGAUGACCCCCUCAACCUGGGCAUGUCCCGCUCAGGACGGGUACGGCGUAUGACUGAAAAGGCCCGUGUCAGCCACCUCAUGGGCUGGAGUCACUGACACGUCGCCCCUUUCCAAACCUCAACACAAAACAUGAGAAAUACUUCAGGGAUUUUUUUUUUCUUUCUUUUUGUACAAGUAUGUAUAUAUGAUGUAUACAUAUAGAUAUAUAUGUGGUUUCUUUUUUUAAUCUGAGACUGCGUGUGACUCUCAAACUGAUAGCAGGUGCUCAUGACAUGUUGCCAAGGAGUUUUCAUCCCUGGUGGACAGAGCUACUGUUCAACACAGACCCGCUCCAACUGGACUAACUCACCUCAGCCUUACUGUUCUCUGGAGGAGCCUUUAAGACGCAGCACUGCUCUUCUCCUCCUCAUCCAGGAAUCAAACACUAGAUCUGCUCCUCUUCAUCCCUCCUACAAACUUUUCUGAUUCCUGGUCACCAAAGAAGGAUGCAGGGAAGCCAAAAAAUGGUGCUCAAAUUUUAUUAUGUCUUCUUUGUUUGUUUUCAAAAAGUAGUUCACCGGAACUCUCAUGCUAGUGGUUGUGAGCUUUCCCAACCACAGCGAGAGAGGUACAGUAUCAAUCCUGGUCACUGAUGUCAAUGUUUUUGGUCUUUCUUCACAACCACAAGCCUUAGUUAUCAGAUCGCCCAUCAUUCAGAUUUAGUUUGUGGCUGGAGUCAGGUCCAGUGUAGUUUGGGAACGAGCAAUACUGGAGAAUCAUUGAGGUUAGUCAGUAGAAUACAGAAUCAUGAUAAUAUCCCUCCUGACGUCCUUGGCCUGUGAAUGUUAAAUGUAUUUCCUGCUUCCUGAUCUUCACUGCUUCUUUGCGCUUUGAUUCAGUUAUUUAAUCACAAUCGGGUGUUUUUAAACAAAAAAGUGAUUUUUCUUUUCUUUCUGGGGUAAAUGAGGCCACUGCAUCCUGAUUGCGUUUAUACUGUUGUGCUCUCCGAUGGAUCCGACCCUGCAUCCAUUCAUAGCUGCUUCCACGACACCCUGCUCCAACUCUGCGGCGUGAAAAGGGGUCUUUGGCCGUCUCACUUCCACAGACGUAUUUAUUUUUCAAUUGUAUUAUACUUGGUUUACGAGCUAUUUCUUACAUGAAUAGUGAUGAGGAAAUGAAAUAUUUGCACAUUUAUCAAAUCCACGAGGCAGCUGAGUAAUGAAGAUGGUAGAGAAAGCUAAAUGAGACAGCCUGAUGAUUUUUGUGUGAAAAAAAAAUGUUUUUGAACUGUGCCAGCACGCAUUAAAUUUAUAGUUUUUUUUGAAAAAUUAAACAGGAUAUAACUUGAAACCUCUUUCAACCUGUGUAUGGUGAAGCUGACGGUCUCAUCUGAAUCUUGUUUUUUUUUUUAUCUAAAGCAAACUUAGCAACCACAGAUCAGCCCUUUUUAUUGAGUGCGUUGAACCUUUUUUAUUUCUCCCCGUUUUCCAACAUCUAUGAGCUGAUGUGUCUCACUUUGGAAGGAUCAACUACACAUGAUGUUUCAUGUCCAUGAUAUACAACCAGGUGUUAAGUUGGUGUCAGAAUCACUGUGUGUACUUUUAUAAUCAUGACAGAUGACUUUAUGUUUCUGAAAUCGACAUGGAUUCAUCCUGUUUAGUUGCACCGGAAAUGUUUACUUUAGACCUUGUGCACUCGUCGGUGGCUAAAUCACUUGAGGAGGAACCAGGAUAGUUGUCAUUUCAAACACCGGGUGCUCCGAACACGCCUCCUCACCAAUCUGCCUCUGUGAGGUCACUGGCGGGAGAAAGAGGCCUCAGAGGUUCUGUUUGGUUCGUGUGAAGGUGCUCAGAGAUAAAAACACACAAAUCAGCAUCCAGGGUGCUCCAAGUGGCAGCGUCAACCGGCAUCUAAAAAUGAUCCUGGUGGAGUGUGAGGAGAUUAUGCUUCACAUUUUUGGGAUGUUAUUUUCAUAUAGUAGAUGGCUCUUAGUGUUGCCUCGAAGCUUAAGAGUAGUUGAUGACAAAUAAAACAGUAACUUCUGCUAUAGGUGGAAUCAGCGUAUGUGACUGUCUUUUAUACACAAUGUUUUGAUUGUAUGUUUUUUUUUUUUUAAUAAAAAGAAAAAAAAUCCUCUUUAAAA